GCCCGCACCGCCCUCCGCUUCCUGUCGCGGUCCUGCCCCAUGGCUUCGGUCUCCUCUGUGGCCUUGUCGGCCCGACGGGCCCGGCCCCUGCUGCAGUUCUUGCGGCUGGUGGGGCAGCUCAAGAGGGUCCCACGGACUGGCUGGGUAUACAGAAAUGUGGAGAAGCCAGAGAGCGUGUCUGAUCACAUGUACCGGAUGGCGGUUAUGGCCAUGGUGACUCACAAUGAACAUCUUAAUAAGGACCGAUGUAUCCGCCUAGCCCUGGUUCACGAUAUGGCAGAGUGCAUCGUUGGGGACAUAGCACCAGCAGAUAACAUCCCCAAAGAAGAAAAACAUAGGCGAGAAGAGGAAGCCAUGAAGCAGAUAACUCAACUCCUGCCAGAAGACCUCAGAAAGGAGCUCUUUGAACUUUGGGAAGAGUAUGAAACCCAAGCAAGUGCUGAAGCUAAGUUUGUGAAGCAGCUGGAUCAGUGUGAGAUGAUUCUUCAGGCAUCUGAAUAUGAAGAGCUUGAGAACAAACCUGGGAGAUUGCAAGAAUUCUUUGACUCCACAGCAGGAAAAUUCAGUCACCCUGAGAUCGUCCAGAUUGUUUCUGAACUGGAGGCGGAGAGAAAUGCUAGCAUAGCUGCCACCAGCAGGGAGCUGCCCUCCUGAGACUGCUGCACUCCUGUGACAAACGCUGUUUUCCAUUUCGUGGGGUUGUGUUUAGCUGGUGUUGGUCCAUUGAUCUUCUCAGAUGUUAGCCUGUAUGUUUUAAGAGGCAUGGACAUCAGCAAGCAGCGUGAUGUUCUUUGGGCACUAAGAGUGACCUUGAAGGAGAAAGUGAUCAUGAGAAACCCUUGCCUGAAGACUGAAAUGACAGUGCCUUUAUAAUGGACCAACUAAAUAAAUACUAAAGAACCUGAACUUCA